GCACGGCCACACACAUUUUGAAGGAAUUAACUUCAUUUUCAGGGCAGGCGGCACCAAUCAAGUUUAAAAAAAAACUUGUCUGCAAGGGGUGUUUGCGAUACCACGUCUUUAUUUGGUUGCUGAUUUUAUUGAACAUGUGACUGAAUUAGACGCUCACAUGGCUGCCGUGGCUGCAUGAUCCGCUUUAGUUUUUUAAAAGUCCGGUGAUCGGUAGCUCCCUCGGCAGCGACCAUCCGGAGCAGAGGACCGCUGAAAAACACAGCGCCUACCCGGACAAAUCAUGGCGAACAGCGGGCAGAAAGUUGUGCUGAUCACCGGCUGCUCCUCCGGCAUCGGGUUACGAAUCGCCGUCACGCUGGCCAAAGAUGAAAAGAAGCGUUACCAUGUCAUUGCCACCAUGCGUGACCUGAAGAAGAAGGACAAGCUAGUGGAGGCAGCUGGAGAUGCAUAUGGCAAGACCUUGAUGUUGCUUCCACUAGAUGUGUGCAGUGAUGAGUCAGUCAAGCAGUGCAUCAACAAUGUUAAGGAUCGUCAUAUUGAUAUCCUGAUCAACAAUGCAGGUGUGGGCUUGCUUGGACCGGUGGAAAGCAUCAGCAUCGACGAGAUGAAAAGAGUGUUUGAGACCAACUUCUUUGGUGUGGUCCGCAUGAUUAAAGAAGUGAUGCCAGACAUGAAGAAGAGGCGUUCAGGACACAUUGUAGUCAUGAGCAGUGUCAUGGGUCUUCAGGGAGUGGUGUUCAAUGAUGUUUACACCGCCUCUAAGUUUGCCAUGGAAGGGUUCUGUGAGAGUAUGGCUGUGCAACUGAUGAAGUUCAAUAUCCGGUUGUCUAUGAUUGAGCCUGGCCCCGUGCACACUGAGUUUGAGACAAAGAUGAUGGAGGAUGUGGCUAAGAUGGAGUAUCCAGGAGUAGACGCAGACACAGUUCGCUAUUUUAAAGAUGUUUACCUGCCAUCAUCCAUAGAUAUUUUUGAAGCCAUGGGCCAGACACCAGAGGACAUAGCCAAAUGCACUAAAAAGGUUAUUGAGUCAAGCAGCCCUCGCUUUAGGAAUCUGACCAACAGCCUCUACACACCCAUUGUGGCCUUAAAGUAUGCAGAUGAAACCGGCGGCCUGUCUGUCAACACCUUCUACAACCUGCUCUUCAAUUUCGGCCCUCUCAUGCACAUAACCAUGAGCAUCCUUAAGUGCCUGACAUGCAGCUGCCUGCGCAGACGCACAAUCUCACCCAACUGAAGAGGGUGUCCAGUCCUGCCCUCUACACUUACCCUCACAUUUUGUUGACCCCAACCAGUUCCUCUGUGCUUUCUCCUGAGGGUUUGGGCCAAGCAGGUAGACUAGAACCAGCGACCUGGAGGUGCCUUUUAGAUCAAAGACACCACCAUGAUAACAUAAAGACAACAUGCACAAUUGCACAAGUUUGUCACAGAGAUGUUGUAUGCAGGAUGACCUCAUGUAUUCUCACAGAAACGUGCAUACACAAAAACACAGAAGUGCAAACAGCAUACACGUUGGAUUAUUGUACAUACAUAUUAUAAAGAGAAGGCCACGCCUUAGUCAUUGCUACAUGGGAGGAACUGAACAGAGAUAAGUGGUUAGAUGUCUAUUUUGUUUGAAAGAGAACACAUAUACAGAACAUAAGAUACAAGUCCCAUGGACAGACCACAAAGCACAAAAAAAUGAACUCAGAGAGAGAAACAAUAAAAUUAUAGAGAAUUAACAAUGCUGUAACUCGUAGCCUAGAUAACUGUACACUCAGGCUCACCAGAGUUAUAACAUCUAAGACAGAGUCAGAAAGAAUAUAUCUGCUUUUAUUGUUGUUGUGCCCUUAAUUUCAUGUUUGCAGUAACAUAGUGUUCUCAUGGUCAUAACUGCUGUUGAAUCGUAUUUUUAAUCUUCUUUUGAUAAACUGAAUGUUUUUGGUUUUUAAAGGUUUGUGAAGGGGUGGGUCAGAUAUUUUUAAUCUAGCAACUUGAUUUAGAAAUAAACAAAAUCCUGAUUUACUCUCAAAAGUAUAGUUUUUGUUUUGUCAAAAAACAAAAAUAUCAAUUUCAAAAUGUGUACUUUGACCAACAAUUCUUAUUGAUACUGAUAGGUUUUCUCACUGUCUGCAGGACUCCUUGGGCACCAAGAGGGGGUGGUAUUUCACUGUUUUUUUCCCUGGUGGCCAACCUGUGGAUUUCACAGGAUUAGAAGCAAGCAGUGUUGGAGCGUAGUGUAAAGGAAUUUGUCCUCAGUGGCCUGAGAUAGACAAGUGCAAUAGGACAGAUUUGUUAAAAUCUUUUCUGACUAUACAGUGUUGCAGACAUGGCCAAUCAUGUUUUUUGUUGUUGUUUUUUUGUUAUAGACAACAUAAAUUCAUACUGAUAAUUAAGAAACUUAAAUUGGUAAGACAUAUAUUGAUGGGACCAUAGUCAGGUAAAGACAUAUAUAAGACCUUUUGCAAAACACAUAAAUAUGCAUUUUUGUCAGUGUGCAUGUCUGUGCACAUAUGCACACAUUAGCAUGUGUUUGCAUGCAUGCGUGUGUGUGUGAAUGUGUUGUAUGAGCAUGUCUAUGGGCCAAGUUAGUGAUCUGUUGAUGGAUAUAAAGAGGUCAUGGCCUGCUCCCCAUCAAAACCCCUCCCUUGAACCCCCACCCCUCUCACACACACACCCUGCUUUGUGCCGUGUGAGAGAAUGUGACCUGGUUCCCAUCCCUGAGGAGGGGUGAACCCUAAUGACGGCCUCCUCAGACACAUUGCGCAGCCCUGAGCCUCCCUCUCCAGCUGGCCCCCUUAGCCCAUCGGGCCAGGACCCCCUGGUCCACACUGGGAGAGGACUGAGGUCUGGCUUGGAGCCUGAGUUUGCCCAGUGUCCACACCCUGUCCCAUCCCAUCCUGCCAUGCCCCACUGUGUCCUGGUGAGUAACAUUCACCUGGUCUGAAUGAAUUUAGCUCAUCAUCAGAAGACAGUGCAACACGUCGUGGACCUGUAGUUUCUGUGCAAUGUACAAUGAGCGCAGCGCCUCAGCUCUGUGUAUGUGUCUUCAUCAGAGGCGACAGCUCCACACAAUGGAACAAAGACGCUGUCAAUCACAAUCAAAUGGG